AUGGACGCGUUACACGCCGAUGAGGACACUCUGGCGAGGCGUCGCGCGCGACGACGGCGUAGAUCCAGUGAAGCGGACGAGGCGACGGCGACGCUUGAUUUGGGCGCGCCGAUGACGCUUCGCGCGCGCGACUUGGACAGGUUCGAGCGCACAUCCUCGGGUGCGACGACAUCGAACGAGUGUCACGCGAAAUCACGACGGAUAGCUCCUUCGACGAGCGGUCGAUCGCCGAGUGAGAUGAACACGUUAGACUUGGAGAGAAACGCGGCGACGUUUGCGAACGCUUUCGGCGUCGACGCCGCCGCGGUGGUUUCUCCUGGAAACGCCGGUGUUGAUCCUUACCGCGCCAUCGUGAGAUGCGCUGAAAAGUUUUGCAUCGAUCGCGACGGCGCUGAGCACUCGAUCGAGGAUGUCGAGCGCGCGGGCGAGGAAGAGGACGAGGCCGCCGACGACUCGCGCGCCGUGGCGCUCACAUCGGCGUCUUUGAUGGAAGGAGUCCGGGCUUUUUUCGUCAACUUCACUAAAAAGCGCGCUGAAGCGUUGGGAAACGCACUCAUUCGCAUGGGCGGAUCCGUCUGUGAACGCGCGGACGAUUCGGUGACGCACGUCGUGGCGUGUGAGGAAAGCUCUGCUUUGACAAAAGCGUUAGAAUCUAUCGACCGCGAAGACGUCGUGAAAAUCACGCCGGAGUGGAUCACCGAGAGCUAUAAGCAACGUCGACCACUACCCGUCUCGGCGACGAAUUUCGAACCGCGCACGCGCGUCGCCGUGAUCGCCGACCGGCCGCAUUCGCAAGAGGCGGCAACAUCGAGUGGAGACAGCAAGGCUCUCGCGGUUCGCGUGCGAAAAGAACGGGAAAACGCGUUAGCCAUACGGCGCUCGAGUGGGUUCGGAACUAUCUGGACGAGCGAUUUGGCUGACAACGAAAAGCUGGAGAAGAGUCGGUCGAAAUUCUCGUGUCAACCGGGAGAACACAAUGAAAAAGCAAUGCCGAUAGAAUGCAACACGAAAGUUGCCGACCUACUCAAGGGAAUGGCGGACAUCUACGAAGAUGCGCUGCGCGAUCAAUAUCGAGCAAAGCAGUACGCUGCUGCAGCGAGCGCGUUGAGAUCGCUUAACUUCGAGAUAACCUCCAUCAAUGAUUGCGACGUCGUUCCAAUGCUCAAGAAGAAGGAUGGGAAGAUUAGAAAAUAUGUCGGAGAGAUUUUAAACACGGGCAAAUUGAAGGCGCUGGAAGAAUUGCGCGCGAGACCGGAUGUUAAGGCAUGUCUAGAGCUCUGUGGGAUUCACGGUGUUGGCCCAGUUACCGCGCGAAGCCUUUUCGCCAAGGGCUAUGCAACUGUCGCAGAUUUGCGCGCGCGCGCUCCAGAAAAUUUGUUGACCCCGGCGCAAAAGAUUGGUUUGAAGUAUUACGAAGAGUUCAAGGAGCGAAUCCCACGGGAAGAGGUUGGAUUCAUCGCCACCGCCGUCCGUGAAGCCGCAAAUACGUUCCAGAAGGACGAAGUUCACUGUUACUGCGUGGGAUCUUUCCGAAGAGGAAAGGAGACAUCCGGUGACAUUGACGUUUUGGUCGAGUGCAGAGAUUACUCUCUUGCGAACGAACUCUUGAUGCACAUCCUGAGUGAUUUAAGGCCGGGAGGCACGAGUCCACGAAGUGGUAUCCUCACCGACGAUCUGCUUGUCGGUGAUCACACCUACAUGGGCGUCGCCGCUCUGCUCAAACCUCUCAAGGAUGAUGACGAUAAACCGCCGAUACAUAGGAGAGUCGACAUCAAGGUGUACGAUUCCGAGUCUCUUCCCACAGCGCUGCUGUAUUUCACUGGAAGCGAUAAGUUCAAUCGAUCGAUGCGGCUCUGGGCGAAGAAAAAGGGAUUCAACUUGCAGGACAAGGGGCUCUUUGCGGACCGCUCGCAGGCGCAGGCAUCACGCGUACGAGCAAAGGGCGAAGAGGAUGUUUUCGACGCUCUCGGUCUAGAUUACGUUCCGCCGGAGAAGCGAAACGUGUAA